AUGGCUGAUAAUGACUUAGAUGAUGACUUAGAUGAUGACUUUGAUGAUAACUCUGAUGAUGACUUAGAUGAUGAUGACUUUGAUGAUAACUUAGAUGAUGACUUAGAUGAUGACUUUGAUGAUGACUUUGAUGAUAACUCUGAUGAUGACUUAGAUGAUGACUUUGAUGAUGACUUAGGUGAUGACUUAGGUGAUGACUCUGAUGAUGACUUAGGGGAUGACUUUGAUGGUAACUCUGAUGAUGACUUUGAUGAUGACUUAGAUAAUGACUUUCAUGUAUUAUGCAGAGGCAGCCUUAGCAGUAGGUGGAUUCCUGGGCGAGUGUCACUAGAGGGUCAUACAGGAUUCCACAGUGAUGUAAGCCUCACUGAAGAGAUGCGGAAGUUUGCCAUUUUCUUGUGCAUUAUUAAAAAUUGUUAA